AUGCAUCUAAGCAGGUUUGGGCUGGUUGCCUUUGGGGCAGCUACUGUAAAUGCUUUCAGAGAUACUUCGCCAUUCUUCCUUGCUUCAACCUCUGAGGUCUUGACGAACUCCGCCUACAUCCAAACAGGAGCCUCUGUGCUUGAAAAUCUCUCCUCCUCCCUCAGUACUUGUCCUUCAGAUUACUAUGUCGUCGUUUACCAGCCUGGUGUGCAUAGCUCCGACUUCUCGACGCGCAAGUCGGCACCCCGCUUGGGUGCGAAGAUGCUCGGGAAGGACAGCUCGAUCCGUUCUAAGAUGAGCGUGGAUGAAGUCGCUGGAUUGGUGGAACCAAAGGAAAUCAAGAGCCUUCUGGAGAAGAAGUGUAACGCUCAGAUUACUACCAUCGAUGGAUCCUCCGGAUCAUACCCUUCGACACUUGAGAAGGGCCCCCGAAUCCUCGAUGUUCAAUUCCCCAUGCUAUCGCUGGACUCGAACCGCGCGCAGCAGCUUUCUGAGUUCGAUGGCUUCCUUGCCGAUGUCGUUGAUCGCAUUCCAUCUACCUCAAAGUAUACCAUUCUCUACAUCACUUCCCCCAGGGAGUUCCCUGAGACAGAUUCGGUUAUCUACGAAAGUUCGGGAGAUUCGUACCAGGACUCACUUCACAUGGAAAUGAGACGUGACUACUCUGCGUCUGGCAGCGCUUCGGGCUCGUCAACCAGGUCAACAUCUCUCUUUGAAGAAUACCAGUUUUUCACUCCAGGCAUCUUCAUGGGCCUCAUGGCUACAUUCCUGUUCCUCGCCAUCUUGUAUCUUGGUAUCGGUGCCCUGAGCAGUCUCCAGGUCCCCUAUGCUGCAUUCGAGAAGGAUACCUCGGCCGCUGUGCAAAAGAAGCAGCAGUAA